CUCAUUUACUUGGGCCAAAGCCCUACCCAAUCUCCCAACUCCCAAUCCUUUCGGUCUUUCCCAGAAGCCAGACCUUCAGAACCCUUUGCAGCGGCUAAUCUGUGAAUCGGAGCACAUGCAGAGACGAGCACAGGCUAUGAGACGGAGAGACGGAGCUUCCGGGGCAUACACGAUGAGGUCGAGCUUCUGAAGCGCUGCGUGACCAGUGGUGUCCGGACAGAAUUCCCCUAUCGCAACUCGUCUCUCGCCCGUCAAUCCCUGAGUAAACACUCAGCGGAGACAGUGAGGCUCCAGUCUACUUCAAUCGGAGCUGGAAACGUCUUCACCCUUCGUCCUCUUAGAUCGAGCUCCAUUUCCGAAUCCCAUCUUUCCAAGGUUGCAAAACAGUGUCAAGAUUUUUCGAAGUCUGAACCUUACUUGCCCUCUUAAGGGGCUCCUCAUCAACAAAUUCAGGGUCUGUCAGAUGUCAACAACAACAACACCAGAGGUGGCUACUGGGAAAAGCUUUGCUAGGAGAGACCGUCUCCUGGAAAUCGAAGCAAAGGUGCGGACUUGGUGGGACCAAUCCAAUGUAUUCUUUGCUGAACCUGGAGAAACUCCUCCACAACCUGGCGACAAGUUUUUUGGCAACUUUCCAUUUCCUUAUAUGAAUGGUUUUCUACACUUAGGCCAUGCCUUCUCCCUCUCCAAGCUUGAAUUUGCAGCAGCUUACCACCGAUUGAUUGGUGCCAAUGUUCUAUUGCCUUUUGCUUUCCAUUGUACUGGUAUGCCCAUUAAGGCUUCUGCUGAUAAGCUUGCACGAGAGAUCCAAGAGUUUGGAAAUCCACCUGUAUUUCCUGCUCAGGAAGAACAAGUAGAAGAUCAACCAAGCGCAGAAAAACAAUUUCAACCUACAGAGGAUGCUAAAUUCAAGGGGAAGAAAUCUAAGGCGGCAGCAAAAUCAGGUAAAAAGAAGUACCAGUGGGAGAUCAUGAAGGAUUUUCGUCUUUCGGACAGUGAGAUAUCAAAAUUCCAGAAUCCUUAUGAAUGGUUGAAGUUCUUUCCUCCUGUUGCAAUGGAAGACCUAAAGGCUUUAGGGUUGGGAUGUGAUUGGCGCAGAUCAUUUAUAACCACUGAUAUGAACCCAUAUUUUGAUUCUUUUGUGAAGUGGCAGAUGAGAAAGUUGAAGGCCAUGGGUAAAAUUGUAAAAGAUGUUCGGUACACCAUCUACAGCCCCAGAGAUGGCCAGCCAUGUGCAGAUCAUGACAGGGCAACCGGUGAAGGAGUUCAACCACAAGAGUACACUCUCAUCAAGAUGGAAGUGUUGAGACCUUUCCCUCCCAAGUUUGGGCCUUUAGAAGGAAAAAGAGUUUUCUUGGCGGCCGCAACUUUGAGGCCAGAGACGAUGUACGGGCAGACAAACGCUUGGGUUUUGCCAGAUGGGAAAUAUGGAGCUUUUGAGAUCAAUGAGACUGAUGUGUUUAUUCUGACAGAAAGGGCAGCUCUUAACCUUGCUUAUCAGAAUUUUUCCAGGUUUCCUCAAAAACCAACAUGCUUGGUUCAGCUCAACGGUUGUGAUCUGAUUGGCCUUCCAUUAAAAUCACCUCUGUCUCUUAAUGACACUAUAUAUGCUCUUCCGAUGCUUACUAUUUUGACUGACAAAGGGACUGGAAUAGUGACAAGUGUUCCUAGUGAUGCACCAGAUGAUUAUAUGGCUCUCCAUGAUUUAAAGUCUAAACCGGCCCUUCGAGAAAAGUAUGGUGUGAAGGAUGAGUGGGUUUUACCCUUUGAUAUCAUACCCAUCAUUGACAUUCCGGAACUCGGAGACAGGGCAGCCGAAAAAGUUUGCAUUGAUCUGAAAAUCAAAAGCCAGAAUGAGAAAGAGAAACUCGCGGAAGCAAAGAAGCUGACAUACUUGAAAGGGUUCACAGAUGGAAUAAUGACUGUCGGAGAAUUUGCUGGGAGAAAAGUCAAUGAAGUCAAACCACUCCUCAAGAUGAAGCUUAUUGAGGAGGGACUGGCUAUAAUGUAUAGCGAGCCAGAGAAAAAAGUUGUUUCCAGAUCUGAUGAUGAAUGUGUUGUUGCUCUUACGGAUCAAUGGUACAUCACUUAUGGGGAACCUGAAUGGAAGAACCUAGCCGAGGAGUGCUUAUCUGGUAUGAGUCUUUACUCUGAUGAGAACCGACAUGGAUUUGAGCACACUUUUGGUUGGUUGAACCAGUGGGCUUGCUCUCGUUCCUUUGGGCUAGGGACCCGAAUCCCUUGGGAUGAAGAAUUUCUUGUGGAAUCGUUAUCCGAUUCAACCAUAUACAUGGCUUACUACACAAUUUCCCACAUUUUGCAAAAUGGAGACAUGUAUGGAAGCUCAAGAGGCCAGAUUGAACCGGCACAACUGACUGACGAGGUAUGGGAUUUUAUCUUCUGUGGCGGUCCUCAUCCUGAUUCUGAUAUUCCGUCCACCCUUCUUGAUAAGAUGAAGCAUGAGUUUGAAUAUUGGUACCCUUUUGAUCUCAGAGUCUCUGGGAAAGACCUAAUCCAGAACCACUUGACAUUUUGCAUUUACAACCACACGGCCAUCAUGCCAAAAAAAAAUUGGCCUCGAGGUUUCAGGUGCAAUGGUCACCUUAUGCUCAAUCAUGAGAAGAUGUCAAAGUCUACUGGAGUCUUCCGGACACUCCGUGAGGCCAUCGAGGAAUUCUCUGCCGAUGCGACACGAUUUUCUCUUGCUGACGCUGGUGACGGUGUAGAUGAUGCAAAUUUUGUGUUUGACACGGCUAAUGCCGCAAUAUUGAGACUCACUAAGGAGAUUGCAUGGAUGGAAGAGGUUUUGGCUGCUAAAUCGUCUCUCAGGUCAGGUCCCACCUCAUCGACAUUUGCCGAUCAGGUGUUUGAGAAUGAGAUAAACAUUGCUGUUAAGACUACCGAGAAAAAUUACAAGGAUUACAUGUUUCGUGAAGCUCUGAAGACGGGUUUUUAUGAUCUUCAAGCAGCCAGGGAUGCAUAUAGGCACUCUUGUGGCAGCGGGGGGAUGAAUCUUGAUUUGGUGUUGCGUUUUAUGGAUGUUCAAACUCGGCUUAUUGCCCCAAUAUGCCCUCACUAUGCCGAGUACGUGUGGCGGGAGCUAUUGAAGAAUGAUGGCUUUGUCAUCAACUCGGGUUGGCCCGCCGCUGAUGCCCCCGACCCAACCCUUCAGAAAGCCAACAAAUAUCUGCAAGAUUCCAUUGUUUUAUUGAGGAAGCUUCUCCAGAAACAAAUUUCAGGUGGUUCCAAGAAAAAGGGGGCCAUAUCUGUCAAUACUCUAGAGGACAAGCAGUUGAAGUGCUUAAUAUAUGUGAAUGAGCAGUUUGAUGGAUGGCAAGCUGAAUGCUUGAGAAUUCUUCAAAGCAAGUUUGACAUAAAUACAAAUGCUUUCACUCCAGAUGUGGAAAUCUUGGAGGCAUUGCAGAAGAGCAGUGUGGGUCAGUCCACAAACUUCAAACAGACACAGAAACUCUGCAUGCCGUUCCUGAGAUUCAAGAAGGAUGAAGCUCUUAAACUUGGGGUUCAUGCAUUGGAUUUGAGGCUUCCGUUUGGGGAGAUUCAGAUUCUGCAGGAGAACAAGGAGUUGAUUAAGCUCCAGCUUGGACAAAUGGGUGUUGAAGAGGUGGAGGUUCUGUCUUCAACCGACCCCGAUGCUCGUUCUAAAGCUGGUUCUUUUGCCUCUCUAUUGAAUCAGAAUCCCCCAACUCCUGGAAACCCAACUGCAAUUUUUUUGUCAAGGUAAGAAGGCGAAGAACUCAUAUUAUACGGCUUGAAGAUGCGUAGAAGACUCUCUGACUUCUCCAGCCUUUUUUGUGAAACUUCAAGUUUUCUGUGUUAGAGGUUUGUUUGUUAUCUGGAUAUUGAUAUAUUUGGAAUUCAUUCUGCAUUUGGAAGCUGUAAUGAUCUGAUUUUAAUAUUUGAAUUCAGAAUAGUUGAGCUAAGUGGGUUGAAUUCACAACCCAGAAAAAGGAUGUUUCUUUGAGUCAUCUGCUACAAUUUUUUCAUCUUUUUUCUGGGAUAAACUAAUCUUUUGAUUGGAUAUGUGCCAGCAAAUGCAUUUUGUCUGUGUCCCUA